GAGAGGGGCGGUUCUGUUGCUGCUGCCGCUCGCCUGCCUGGGAAGCGAACGGAAGAUUAGGGUGAGCGCAAGCGAGCAUCCAAGCCGUUCCGCAGCUCUAGAGGGCUGCUGAUUGCUCCUCUGCGCUCUCCCGGAGCCCAGGUGCGCGGCGUCGGCUUGGACUUGAGCGAAAGACCCCCCGGGUUGCGCUUGUAGGACUCGGCGUCGCCUUCUUUAUUGGAUGCGCCCAAGCAGGUCGGUGGGAGGCGAAGUCCUUCAGCAAAAAGGCCUUUCCCUCCGCCGAUCCGGAUUCUCUUCCUUCCCAGGAGGGGACGUGGGGGGCAGAGCUUCAGGGACUCCCGGUUGUCUUUCCCGUGGCUCCCGGCAAACGGAUCUCUUGCUCACCUGUCCCGGACUGGGAAGAUUUUACGAGCAAAAGCCAAUCGCUCUCACCUGCGGGUGCUGUCGAAGGGUUGCGCGGAGGGACGACGGAUUCGGAACCGCUGCCCUUACAGUUCGCCAGCGCCCGCGGUAAAGCCCCAAAGAUCAUCGCGGGACCUUUGAGGCGCUGCUAUUAAAAGGAAAGUAUGCCCCAGACGCCUCCCUUCGCAGCCAUGUUUGACAGCAGUGGCUACAGCCGAUACCUGUUCCAGUCCAAAGAGGACAGCUGUGAAGGGCUGUAUUACCAUGACAACAAUUUGCUGUCGGGAUCUUUGGAAGCUCUCAUCCAGCACUUGGUGCCCACUCUCGAUUACUACCCAGAUAGAACAUACAUCUUCACUUUUUUGCUGAGCUCUCGGCUUUUUGUACACCCUUACGAAUUAAUGGCAAAAGUCUGUCAUCUCUGCACCGAGCAGCAGAGGCGAGUGGAUUCUGCAACUGAUCAAAGCCGGUUAAGGAAAAUUGCCCCCAAAAUCCUGCAGCUCUUGGCCGAGUGGACAGAGACGUUUCCGUAUGAUUUUCGAGAUGAGCGCAUGAUGAGAAAUCUAAAGGAGCUGGCCCAUCGAAUAGCCAGUACAGAUGAGGCCUAUCGGAAAAAUGUGCAACAAGUCAUCCAGAGCCUCAUUCGUAAGCUGGCCUCUCUUAACCAAUACGAGGAAGUUCUUGCAAAAAUCAAUGCUACUUCAACCGAUAGACUGACAGUUUUAAAGACCAAACCCCAGGCCAUCCAACGAGAUAUCAUCACCGUCUGCAGCGAUCCUUACAUGUUAGCCCAGCAGCUGACUCACAUAGAGCUUGAGAGACUUAGUUACAUUGGACCACAAGAAUUCGUCCAAGCAUUUGUGCAGAAGGACACCCUGGACAAUGAAAAGAGUUCUUAUGGAGAUCGGAAGAAGUCUCGGAAUCUGGAAGCUUACGUGGAAUGGUUCAAUAGACUGAGUUAUUUGGUUGCCACAGAAAUAUGUAUGCCUAUAAAGAAAAAACACAGAGCAAGAAUGAUAGAAUACUUCAUUGAUGUCGCUCGAGAAUGUUUCAACAUUGGAAACUUUAACUCUUUAAUGGCUAUUAUUUCUGGAAUGAAUAUGACUCCUGUCUCCAGAUUAAAGAAAACUUGGUCAAAAGUCAAGACUGCCAAGUUUGACAUUCUGGAGCAUCAAAUGGACCCUUCUAGCAAUUUCUACAAUUACCGCACAGCCCUCCGUGGGGCAACUCAGAGAUCUUUGACAGCUCACAGCAGCAGAGAGAAGAUUGUGAUCCCAUUUUUCAGCCUGCUUAUCAAGGACAUUUACUUCCUCAACGAGGGCUGUGCCAACCGCUUGCCCAACGGCCAUGUCAAUUUUGAGAAGUUUUGGGAAUUGGCUAAACAAGUGAGUGAGUUUAUGACCUGGAAGCAAGUGGAAUGUCCUUUUGAGAGGGACCGGAAAAUCCUUCAGUACCUGCUCACCAUUCCAAUUUUCAGUGAGGACGCACUUUAUUUGGCCUCGUAUGAAAGUGAAGGUCCAGAGAAUCACAUUGAAAAAGACAGGUGGAAGACACUCAGGUCCACACUUCUGGGACGAGGUUAACGCAUGACUGGGUGCUUUCCACAGUUGCUGCUAUGAUCUUGACAUGGGUUCUUAGGAUGAAGGCCAUGGCUGAGGUCGCUUAUUUAUUUACCCAUCCCUCCUCUCCUCCUCUUGACGACCAAGAGGCGCGUUUUUAAGUUAUGAGAGCUAAAUAAGUUGGUGAAGAGCAAGUCGGGACAUGAUGCUGAGAAGAAAGCCAAGCUGACAUGACGUCAGCCAAGGCAGCUUCCUCCUACCCACUGACUGUCAGAUGAAACGGCCAGUUGGGUGGCGUGCGGUUGAUCAAAGAGACUCCAGUGAAGAAAGCCUUUUGAAGAUCUUGAGUCUACUGUGAAUCAUUUUGAAGCACCUGAUGGGAUUUCUCCCCCUCCCCUCCUUCCUCAUCCCAUCCCGCCUGCAAACUCCACUCAUCAGACUUCUGGUACUUCCACACCUGGAUUCCAAGUAGAACUUCCCUUCGAUCUAUCCAAGGCCAACUGGACUGUUUCAGAUGCCACAUAAGCUGAGGAAGAUUUUUGCUGGUGUGAUUCUAGGAACUCUUGCAUUUUUCCCUUGAGGGGAUCAUGGCUCAUGACGCAGUGUUGUUGCGCGGUUCCUAAGAUGUUCAGCUAUUUAUUAUGAAAAGGGGCCCAAGUGCUCUGGAUUUUUAUUUGUUUGUUUGUUAGUUAGUUUGCGAGUUAGCUGCUGGUUGGCCAACUCAAGACUAGGCAUUAUUUGGAAGUUUAAAAUAUUAAGUUCAGCAAUAGCGCUAGGAGAAGCAGAGGCUUAGAACAGUAGGUAGCAAAUGUAGCUAGACUAUGUAGAAAUUCACCCUUCCAAUCCCUUCCUCUUCAAUGUACUAUUGUGCUGUUUUGUCAUCUGGGCACAUCUGCGCUACAAAGCCAUCCGAAUUAGGCAUGAAACCAGUUUCAUUCUGUGACUUUCUCCAACGAGCCUGAGAAAUUUUGGAUGGAAAUCCGAGUUCAAUUUUGAAAGAAAGACCUCGUUGGACUAAAGUGGGAACUCCAGCUUUUGAGGUCGUUCAUCGAUUGGGACCUCUAAACUGGCUUAUUAUAGAAUGUUUUAUUUCCAAAAACUCAUUCGUUGGAGAGUCAGAAUAAUAAAAGAGAGGUUUGAAACUGGCUUUACAUUCUGUAAUGUAGACUUUCCCAAAAUGUCUGUACUUUUCUGCGUCUUUUUCUCCACUCUCUAUAUUAUUGAAUUAUUUGGUUUUGUUUUCUUCUCGAGAGGGGUGGAAAAAACCCCUGCUGGGAUUGUAGGUAGAUAUAAAUUAUGAUUUUGCAGGGUUUUAUUUAAGUGUGCGGAAAUAAUACCCGAUCUAAUAAUGCUAAUUUAAACUCUGAAAUCCUACAGACCCAUUGAAAGUUUCUCCUAGCUGAGUCACUAACUAUAAACUCCACGGUUUGUUUGUUUUUUGCUUCAAGAACCUCUAAAAAUUGCUUUGACUAUGAAACAAGUCCUGUUAUGUCAGUAGUAGCUCUGAAUGCUUAAUCCCCAUAUUGCCCUCCCCUCAAAAUUCUGAAAAAUGAAAAGAACCCCCAGUCCAUUAACAAGUGAUAUCCAGAAAAGGGAUUUGUAUGAGAUAUGCUAUUCCUCAAAAUUAAUAAUAAAUAAAAAUACAUCGUU